UAAAACCCAAAUUACGAAAUCGGUUAAGUCCUUUUGACAAUGCACUGCCAUUGCUUACCUCUUCCUGCCCAUCUCUUAUUCCUCACCAUCUUCGUUGUCUCCGCCGCCACCUGCGCCAACGCCAACACCGCCGGAAGGGAAAGGGCGGCUCUGCUAGAACUGAAGGCAUCGGUAUCCGACCCUGCAGGCGUCCUUUCCGGCUGGAUCGCAGCCUCCGACCACUGCUCAUGGCAAUGGAUAUCUUGCGAUUUAAAAGGGCGAGUCGUCGCCAUCAACAUUUCUGCUUACACUGGCGAUACGUCGCCGUCAUGCUCCCGGUCUGGUCCAUUCCGCUGCUACUACUCCGAUCCCGACAGGAGGCUCGCCGGAAAACUGAGCCCGGCCAUAGGAGAGCUUACCGAGCUGAGAAUUCUUUCUCUCCCCUUUCAUAGUUUCGAAGGAGAUAUCGCCGGAGAGAUAUGGGGGUUGGAGAACUUGGAAGUGAUUGAUCUCGAAGGUAGUUCGCUGGUCGGAACCCUACCCUCGACGUUCCCCAGUUUCCUUCGCGUCCUCAAUUUGGCCUCAAAUCUGAUUACUGGAGAGAUCCCUAUUUCGCUGUGUCAUAAUUGUAUUCAUCUGGAGAUCCUGGACCUCUCCAGGAACCGUCUAAACGGCAGCCUGCCUACGUUUUUGAACUGCUUUCCGAAGUUAAGUCAAUUGCAUUUAUCGUUUAAUCGUUUAGAGAAUUCAAUCCCUGAAGAGAUUGGCGCCGGCUGUCUCAGCCUUGAGCAUCUGGACCUCUCUGGGAAUUCACUGGUUGGAAGCAUUCCCAGCAGCUUGGGGAAUUGCAGCCAGCUUCGAUCUCUUUUGUUGUUUUCAAAUCGUUUGGAUGGUGUUAUUCCUUCUAGUCUGGGUCAGCUGGAAAACCUUAGAGCUUUGGACGUGUCAAGGAAUUGCUUGAGCGGCUAUAUUCCUGAAGAGCUUGGGAACUGCAAGGAGCUGGCUAUGGUUGUUCUCACUAACAUGUUUGAUUAUAUGCAAGCACUGAAUUCCGUGAUCUAUCAUGAGAAGGAUGAAUCCAAUUAUUUUCACGGCGGGAUUUCAUGGAAGAUUACUAGUUUGCCAAAGCUGAGGAUAUUGUGGGCUCCUAGAGGAAAUCUUGAAGGGGAGUUCCCAAGCUAUUGGGGUAUCUGUGAGAGCUUGGAGAUGGUAAGUUUGGGACAAAAUAGUUUUACUGGCGAAAUUCCGAGAGAUCUCGACAAAUGUGUGAAAAUUAAGUUACUUGAUCUUAGCUUGAAUAAAUUGACUGGUUGGCUUGGUGAAGAGCUCCCAGUUCCUUGCAUGGAUUUUUUUGACGUUAGUGGAAACCGUUUAUCGGGCUCCAUUCCAAGGUUUAUUAACAAGAAGUGCCCUUUGCUUCCUUCACCAACAAACGACCUGCUUACUGCUUACUCAUUGUUUUUCACAUCUAGGACAAUUGCAGAAAUUGAACAGCCUUACUUUGAAUCUAGCAGGAAUUAUGCAAUUCAUCAUAAUUUUGGUAGAAACAAUUUGUCUGGUACGUUAUCCUCUUUACCAGUUGCAACUGAUAGAUAUGGGAAUCGAACUGUUUAUAACCUCCGAGUAGAUGAGAAUUCUAUUGCUGGAUCAUUAACAAAUGAUGUGUUCAGAAGGUGCAGAGAAUUGGGUGGUUUGGUUUUCAAUUGCUAUAGCAAUCUGAUUUCCGGUGAAAUUUCUGCUGAUAUUGGUGCCAUCUGCAGGGCUCUUAUGGUUCUUAAUGCUUCCAGUAAUCAAAUUACUGGAGUUAUUCCUCAGAGCAUUAGUUUAUUGGAUAAACUUGUUGCGCUUGACUUGAGUAUGAAUCAGCUGAAGGAUGUGAUUCCUGCUGGUCUUUCUGGGCUUAAGGCAUUAAAAUAUCUCAACUUAAGCAAUAACAAUUUCAGUGGUGGAAUUCCUGCUAAAUUGAAUGAGUUGCAUUCCCUUCAAGAACUGGAUAUUUCAUCCAAUUUUAUGACCGGCGAGAUCCCUGGUUGCCUUGUCAAAUUGAGAAAACUCUCGGUUCUUAUGCUCAAUGAUAACAAAUUUUCUGGAAAUGUACCUUCUGGUUUUGCUAAUGUGGCAUCACUCUCCAAGUUUAACAUGUCUUUCAAUGAUCUAUCUGGUCCUUUGCCAUUUAAUUCCAGUAAAAUGAGUUGUGAUAGGAUUCGUGGAAACCCGUUGUUGCAAGCUUGCCUUGAUGAUUCUUCUUCUGGUUCAGUUUCACGUCUUCAAAGAAGCGGUGGGGAUUCCGACUCAUUGAUUAAAAAUAGUAUACCCGCACAGAUAUCACCUGCUAAAAGUAGUGGUGGUCUCAGUACUUUUUGGAUUAUAGCAAUCGCUUCAGCUGCAGGUAUUGUCUCGGUCCUUUUAGUUCUGAUUGCCCUCUAUAUAUAUUCAAGGAAAUGCCUGCCCAGCUCUUCAGUCAAGUCUUCUGAAAUAAGGGAUGUAACAAUAUUUGUGGACCUUGAAAUUCCCUUGACUUAUGAGUCUGUAGUGAGAGCCACCGGGAACUUCAAUACAAGUAACUGUAUUGGAAGUGGAGGCUUUGGGGCCACUUACAAGGCUGAGGUCUCACCAGGAGUUCUUGUAGCCAUAAAAAGGCUUUCAGUGGGAAGAGUUCAAGGGGUUCAGCAGUUCCAUGCAGAGAUCAAAACUCUUGGCAGGUGGAGGCAUUCUAAUCUUGUGACUCUGAUAGGAUAUUAUGGCAGUGAUGAAGAGAUGUUCUUAAUAUACAAUUAUCUCCCAGGAGGUAACUUGGAAAAUUUCUUACAAGAAAGAUCCAGGAGACCUGUGGAUUGGAAGAUGCUUCACAAGAUUGCACUGGAUGUUGCACGAGCUCUUGCCUAUUUGCAUGAUCAGUGUGCACCACGCAUCCUUCAUCGGGAUGUCAAACCAAGUAAUAUUUUGCUGGACAAUGAUUUCAAUGCAUAUCUUUCUGAUUUUGGGUUAGCAAGGCUUUUAGGUAAUUCAGAAACACAUGCCACAACUGCUGUGGCUGGAACUUUUGGAUAUGUUGCUCCAGAGUAUGCUAUGACUUGUCGAGUUUCUGAUAAAGCUGAUGUUUAUAGCUAUGGAGUAGUGUUGCUUGAAUUAUUAUCUGACAAGAAGGUACUUGAUCCGUUCUUCUCUUCCUAUGGAGAUGGUUUCAACAUUGUUACGUGGGCAUCUAUGCUUCUACACCAAACUCGAGCUCCUGAGUUUUUCACUGAGGGUCUUUGCAAUGUGGCUCCCCUUCAACAUUUGAUAGAUACACUGAAAUUGGCCAUUAGAUGUACAGAAGAACAGCUUUCUCAAAGGCCUAGCAUGAGACAAGUGGUACGGGUGCUCAAGGAAAUUCAACCCUAACGCUUCUAAAAUGAAUGAUGAGAUGAUAAGGUUUCAGUGCUCGACUUAUAAAAUGCUAAAGCUGUCAUCUCUACCUGUGAUUAGUACAAGCAAAAUGUGAGAGUAAGAGCGACUUGUUUCCAUGGCUAGCAAUUGAUAGCGAGGUACUAGAGCAUCGUAUCCAUUCCACAACACGGUCACCGCUCAAGGGAUAUCGACGUUGCUGCAGCUUGUAAGAGAUAAAUGUAGAUUCUCUAUAUUGAUUCCAAAGCAAAUUACAAGAAUGUCUUUCCUAUUCCAUUAUAAUCUUUUACUUUAGUUCUUA